GUGGGCACAGUUGUCGGUCAGCAGGCGAACCAGCAGCGCCUUCGUCUACGUUUAUUUUGUUUAUUUCCCGGCCGAGAAUUCUCUCGGGACUCAUUCCUUAUCCGCAAAACGCACUCAUCAUGGUCGAGGUUAAGGACAUCGAGAAGCUGUUCGAAACGGACGGCUAUUUGCGGCCCUUCGAGCACGAGAUUCGUCGCCGUCACGGCGUUCUCCAGGACUGGCUGAACAAAAUAAACCAGAGCGAGGGAGGAUUGGAGGAGUUCUCGCAGGCCUACAAGUACUAUGGCCUUCAUUUCCAGCCGGACAACUCGGUGAUUGCCCGUGAGUGGGCACCUGGAGCCAGAGAUGUCUAUCUCACGGGAGAUUUCAAUAACUGGCACUGGGAGUCGCAUCCGUUCAAGAAGCUGGACUUUGGCAAGUGGGAGCUCCAUUUGCCCCCCAACGAGGACGGCAGCCCGGCCAUAAAGCACAUGAGCGAAAUCAAGGUGAUCAUUCGCAACCAUUCCGGUCAGUUGCUGGACCGCCUGUCUCCGUGGGCCAAGUACGUGGUGCAACCUCCCAAAUCGGCCAAUCAGGGAGUCAACUACAAGCAGUACGUGUGGGAGCCACCAUCCUACGAUCGCUACCAGCGCCAACAUCCUCGUCCGGAGCGGCCAAAGUCGCUGAGGAUCUAUGAGUGCCAUGUGGGCAUCGCCUCCCAGGAACCAAGAGUCGGCAGCUACGAUGAGUUCGCUGAUCGCAUUGUGCCGCGCAUCAAGCGACAGGGCUACAACUGCAUCCAGGUGAUGGCCAUCAUGGAGCAUGCCUACUACGCCAGCUUUGGCUACCAGGUAACAAGUUUCUACGCCGCCUCCAGUCGUUUUGGCAAUCCGGAGCAACUGAAACGCAUGAUCGACGUGGCUCACUCGCACGGACUGUUCGUUCUGCUGGAUGUCGUCCACUCGCAUGCCUCCAAAAACGUGCAGGAUGGCCUUAACCAGUUCGAUGGCACCAACAGUUGCUUCUUCCACGACGGAGCACGCGGUGAGCAUUCGCUGUGGGACAGUCGUCUCUUUAACUACGUGGAGUACGAGGUUCUGAGGUUCCUGCUGUCCAACCUGCGUUGGUGGCACGAUGAGUACCAGUUCGAUGGCUAUCGCUUCGACGGAGUCACAUCUAUGCUGUACCACUCUCGAGGCAUCGGCGAGGGUUUCAGCGGUGACUACAAUGAGUACUUUGGCCUGAACGUCGACACAGAUGCCCUCAACUAUCUGGGACUGGCCAAUCAUCUGCUGCACACCCUGGAUCCGAGAAUUAUCACUAUUGCGGAGGAUGUAUCCGGAAUGCCCACCUUGUGUCGUCCGGUUUCGGAGGGCGGCAUUGGAUUCGACUACCGCCUGGGCAUGGCCAUUCCCGACAAGUGGAUCGAGCUGCUGAAGGAGCAGAGUGACGACGAGUGGGACAUGGGCAACCUGGUGCACACGCUGACCAACCGGCGGUGGAUGGAGAACACGGUGGCCUACGCAGAGUCCCACGAUCAGGCGCUGGUGGGCGACAAGACGGUUGCCUUCUGGCUGAUGGACAAGGAGAUGUAUACGCACAUGUCGACCAUGUCGGACCCCUCGUUGAUUAUUGACCGAGGACUGGCGCUGCACAAAAUGAUUCGCCUGAUUACGCACGCCCUGGGAGGCGAGGCGUACCUUAACUUCAUGGGCAACGAGUUCGGUCAUCCGGAAUGGCUUGAUUUUCCGCGUGUCGGAAACAAUGACUCAUAUCACUACGCUCGUCGGCAGUGGAAUCUGGUGGACGACGACCUGCUGAAGUACAAGUACCUCAACGAGUUCGAUCGCGCCAUGAACGAGGCCGAGGAGCGCUACGGUUGGCUGCAUUCCGGACCCGCCUGGGUCAGCUGGAAGCACGAGGGCGACAAGAUCAUCGCCUUCGAGCGCGCCGGCCUGGUCUUCGUCUUCAACUUCCAUCCCCAGCGGAGUUUCACCGGAUACCGCGUGGGCACCAACUGGGCGGGCACUUACCAGGCGGUGCUCUCUUCAGACGAUCCGCUUUUCGGCGGACACAACCGCAUCGAUGCCAACUGCAAGCAUCCCUCCAAUCCGGAGGGCUACGCCGGAAGAUCCAACUUCAUCGAGGUCUACACCCCGUCCCGCACGGCAGUAAUCUAUGCCCGAGUCAGUGACUAACUGACUCCGGAAGGGGUCUCCAAAAAUGUUUAUGCCUAUACGAAUUUCACAUUUAGUCAUAGUUUUUGUUAAUGUUACGAAUCGGAAAGCCAUUAGUGAAAUAUAUGCUCAUUGAGGUAUAA